UCACUCCCCCUUUCUGCGGCAAAACGUUGGGCAAAACGUGAAACUCGAAGCAAAAAAAGGCGAAUAAAUACAGGCAAACGGCGAGAGCAAGAUUCUGCUAUAUUUUUGCAAUUUGGCCGAAUUUUUAAUUCUUUGAUCGUCGGUCUCGGUGCAAGCCUACGACUAGAUUUUCUAUUUAGUAAAUUAAAUUUAUUACUAACAAAAAAUAGCCAACUUUUAAAACACCAUGGCGCAACCAAGAAACUUAAAGAACAUCAGAAAAUUUAGAUUUGACGAAGAAAACAAUUCGACGGUCACAUCAGUAGAGCAGAUCAACGUAGAAGAAAACUGCGAAGAACUUUUGUAUAAAACUGGAUUAGCAUCAGAAAUAGAGCCCGACUUGCCUUUUUUGAAUAGGGAGCAGCACCUAGAAUUUUUAAAUAAUUCUCUAAGAUACCUUCCAAAAGGCUAUGAAGUUCUAGAUUCCAGUCAGCCUUGGCUAUGUUAUUGGAUCUUGCAUUCAUUGCAUUUACUUGAAUCUCCUCCCAGCCCUCAAAUAGCCUCUGCUUUGGUAGCUCGACUAGCCAAAUGUCAGUCACCAAGUGGAGGUUUUGCUGGUGGGCCAGGACAAAGUGCUCAUCUUGCUCCAACAUACGCUGCUGUGAAUGCUCUUUGCACCAUCGGAACGGAAGAGGCAAUGAGUGUUAUUAACAGGGAGAGACUCCAAGAGUUUCUUUAUUCGUUGAAAAAUGCAGACAGUUCGUUUUCCAUGCACCACGGCAGUGAGGCAGAUAUCAGAGGUGUCUACUGUGCCCUUUCUGUUGCGAGAUUGACCAACAUUUACACGGAGCAACUGUUUGCUGGGUCUGCAGAAUGGAUUGUUCGUUGCCAGACGUACGAGGGUGGCUUUGCAGGGGUGCCUGGGAUGGAAGCGCAUGGUGGUUAUGCUUUUUGCGGAUUAGCAGCACUUUAUUUGAUGGGGAAAGAAGAUCUCAUCAACCUGCCAACAUUUAUUCGAUGGGUUGUGAUGCGCCAAAUGAAACUCGAAGGUGGCUUCCAGGGUAGGACAAAUAAAUUAGUGGACGGUUGCUAUUCCUUUUGGCAAGGUGGAGCUUUUCCACUAAUAAACCAGAUUCUACUGUCAAAAGCAGAGGACAUUAAACCAACGAGUUUACUCUUUCACCAAGAGGCCUUACAAGAGUACCUAUUGAUAUGUUGUCAGCACCCAAAAGGCGGCAUUAUUGACAAGCCGGGAAAAUCUCAAGAUUUGUAUCACACAUGCUAUGGGCUGAGUGGAAUAUCUGUUGCUCAAUUUGGCUUUGACCCUAACAAUCCAAUAGUAGUGGGACCCCCAGAAAAUAAACUUGUUCCAUGCCAUCCUUUAUAUAACAUAACUUGCAAGUCCGCGGAGAAGGCGGCCAAUUACUUCCAUUCACUAGCAGUCCCAAACUUUCGUCCGUAAUAUAGAACCUUUAGGACAUAAUUAUUUGUACUCUCUUUUCAUACAUGUUACUUCUUGCUGAUUUGUUAUAUCAUUUUUCUUUGUUUUAAGGAAAUAGAAUAUUUCUGAACA